AUGGCCACCGACUGGGGAAACUACACCGACUACACCGGUCCAUCACGAGCACCGGGCUCCGCCACGCAUAUACUGGACGCCCGUCUAAACCUGCUCACCACACUGGUCCCGGCUAUCUUCACUGCGAAGACUUGCCUGGAUAUUGGUUGCAACGCUGGGCACGUCUCCUGCCAACUAGGUGUGUGGAAGGAUCCCCCUGGCUCUUUUCCCAUAAGCGACUAUACCUCCAUGCUUCUCAUAUUGACCCGUGCUGUAGCCCUCGACUUUCAUGCAGCAUCAGUCACUGGCGUUGACAUCGAUUCGAAGCUAGUUGCUCAGGCCGAGAGCCUUUGGGCUCUACGCUCUUCACGUGCUCGUCCCCCAACUGGACCGUCACAGCGCACCGUGGACUACUAUCCCGUGUCGGCAAUCCUUACCCAUGGAUAUCGCAUCGAGCCGAAGAGCAAGGGCUCACGCACCCCAUCGUCCGUGUCAACUGCUUCAGAUUGGCCUUGCGUGCAAUUCGUCUCCGCAGAUUGGCUUGCAUCGGCAGACCGGGCAAUCUCAGGCCCAUACGACGUGAUUCUGGCCCUCAGUGUCAUCAAAUGGAUCCAUCUGGAGCAUCUCGAUGAGGGCCUGAGGGCCUUCUUCAGCAAGUGCGCGUCAUGCCUCCGUUCUGGCGGGUUUUUGGUAAUUGAACUGCAAGCCUGGAACUCGUACGAGAAAGCUGUUCGCCCGAAUCAUUCGCCACACUUCAGCGAGAACCUGAAGCAGCUCGUAUACCGGCCUGAAACAUCUUUCGACGGCUUGCUGGAGGAGCACAGUCUGAGACUUUGCGCUUCAUCGACUGACCUACCACGACGCAUCAACGUCUAUCGUAAAGACUGA